AUGAUAUACGGUUAUUCUAAAUUGGAUCAUAAGGAAGGAAUUAAACUACUGACUGGAAGUUAUUUUAGCCAAUUUGCAAAUAAAAGUUUGGUACCAAGAACACUUGUUGAACCGUUGAACUAUCUUUCUCAAGUAUUAGAUGCAGUGACAAAACGUUUAAUCGAAAUUCUUGAUCAACAUUCAAUAUUUCAGAGAGAACCGUCUUUAUCCACUCUCAUCGAACGUGCCGAACUUCCAUUAAAAGAAGAACAUUUUGGUAUGCUCGACAUUGUAUCUUAUUUCAACACUAAAAGUGGAUUCCAACCUCCAAAAAAUGGACAAACAACCGAAGAAGUCAAUUGUGUUCCACAUUAUGAUCCAGGCCUACUUUCAAUAAGUAUUUUAUCGACGCACGAAGGACUUCAAUUGAAAGACAUGAUGAAUGAUGAAUGGAUAGACGGGCCAUUAGAGCCCAACAUUGGUGUCAUCUGGUUAGGAGAAGUGGCAUCUCGAAUAACAGAAAAUCGACUCAAACCAGGUGUCCAUAGAGUCAUUUAUCCUCAAGAAUCGAAAAAUCGACUGACAAUCUGGUAUGAAGUGUGCACGAUAGGACAGUUGAAAAAUUUAAGUACUAAGAAGAAAGAUGAACUAAUGGCUGGUGGGAGAGUUACGUUUGACAAUAUUCCUGGAUUCGUACCAAUAACUGUUUUACCUGGUGAAACAAAACUGGACUUUUUAAAACGAGUUGAAAUGGGAAAUGGCUUAUCGAUGAGUAAAACAGGCCGACUACGCUAUGUACUUGAAAAGCAUGAUAUUUCGUAUCCAACAAAUGGUUUUAAAACUGAAUAA